CAGGAAGAGAGCAGCUCUUUUUACUAAGGGCAAACAUGCCUGAUAAUUGCUGCUUAGGCGAUCACCAGCCCUUUACACUAGAACCAUCUCAUGCGGAAGUAAGACUGAACAUUUGCAGACCGGUGGCUCCUGUUCCUGUGUCCCCCCUUAAGAUUUUCUACUCAUUAGUGAAGCCUGCAAGAACAACCAUUUGAUUUGGCAGCAUGAAGCCUGUUAUUGUGGUUCAUGGUGGAGCUGGCCGCAUCUUUAAAGAUCGGGAAGAAGGAGCUCGUUCAGGUGUUACCAGAGCAGCAAUGAAAGGUUACAGUAUCCUUAAACAAGGAGGCAAUGCAUUAGAUGCAGUUGAAGAAGCAGUGACAUCAAUGGAAGAUGAUCCACAUUUUAAUGCAGGCUGUGGAUCUGUUUUAAAUGAGAAGGGUGAAGUAGAAAUGGAUGCCAUUAUCAUGGAUGGAAAAAGUCUAGCCUCAGGAGCAGUAUCUGCAGUUAAAUGUGUAGCUAACCCAAUAAAGCUUGCUCGUCUUGUCAUGGAAAAGACAGAGCACAUGUUGCUGACUGACCGUGGGGCAAACCUUUUUGCCAAAGCCAUGGGUGUUCCUGAGAUUCCAGGGGAGAAACUUAUAACGGAAAGAUCCAGAGAGAGAUGGAGCAAGAACCUUGAGCCAGAUUCUAACCCUCAGGAGUUUAAAAAAGACCCUGGAACAGUUGGUGCCGUUGCUAUAGACAAUGAAGGAAACGUAGCUUGUGCAACAUCCACUGGGGGACUCACUAAUAAACUGGUUGGCCGAGUCGGGGAUUCAGCGUGCAUAGGAAGUGGAGGCUAUGCUGAUAACCAUGUUGGUGCCAUCUCUACCACAGGACAUGGAGAAAGCAUGAUGAAAGUGGUCCUAGCCCGACUUAUUCUCUAUCACAUGGAACAAGGAAUGUCACCGAUGGAGGCUGCUGACACUGCAUUGAAUUAUAUGAAAACAAGAGUGGGUGGAUUAGGAGGUGUCAUAGUUGUCAGCAAUUCAGGGGACUGGGCAGCAAGGUUCUCCACCAAGCAGAUGUCUUGGGCAACAGUGAAGGAUGACCAGUUGCAGUAUGGCAUUUACACAGGGGAGAUACAUACGAGCUCUGUUGCAGAAGCACUUGAAUCCAAGUAAUUCUGGGGAUGAAGAAAAGUGGAUAGUACGGCAGGACAAAGAUCUCAGUCUUCAUGGGGAGCAGUGAAAAUUGAUGUUAUCUUUCUGAAAAGAUUUACCCUCUAUUAAAUAUUCCCAGAAUUCACCGCAUUUUACAAGCAAACUGAAACUCAGAAGCACUAGGCUUAAAGAUGAUGGAUGUGGAUAUAGUGAUCAAUUAAAUGUCUCUAGAAAGCACCAGGGCUGGUGUCCUUUCAAAAACCAGAUGGCGUGUAGAAGAGCAUCCCCUCAUGUCUGGGCCUGGCGCAGCUGGCUCUCUUCUAGCACUCUCCGCAGAGACAGUUGCUCAAGCCCUGUAGUGAUCUGCCUCUUCUUGUGACUCAGCCUCUCCAGCCAGGUCCCUUUUAGGGUAGUGAAGUCCAACAGAUAAUCCAAUGUCCUUACAAAAGGUCUUCAGCCCCGAUUCUGGCCUACUGUGGUCCUUAAAGCUGCUUAUCUCAGGGCUGUUAAGUCUCUUUUCACUUAUAUCAGGAGUUUCAUGCCAUCUUCCCUGGUGGCUGGCAGGGGAACCCAGGUCCUCCCACUACACUAGUUUCCAGUCCAAGGACCCUUCAACCAGCAGCUGAAGUCUACCAUGUCAGACUCCUUCUGCUGCCUCUCUGGACUUCUUCCUACCAAGUCUGCCAACAGGCCUCUCUCACAACCUCUCUAAAUUCACCCUCCUUUCAGGGCCAGAUCUUCCCCCUGGAAUCUGCCAGUAAAUCUCAUACCACCAAGUGUACAAUUUAACCCAUCUUCACUUUUCAUCCUUCCUAAGUUUCCCUUACACAGUCCCUCAGUUAACCACCUGCCAGAGCUCUCUUUCUGGAAGUCCAGAUCCUGCCCUUUUAUCAGAGCUCACCAAACUGAAGCCUUUUCAGUCCUAGUGGCUGCACUGUCUCUCACCUGGCCUCUUGCUAGACUUCUCUACCCAUAAGAGGGUUCCAAGGACAACAUUCUUCCUAGACUUCCUCCUCGACCCUCAGGGUCUUGCUACUCUUGAAUGCAAAAUUCUUUUCUCUCUCCCUGAAACCACCACCUUCCUUUUUUCUAUCUGCUUCCUGUUUUAUGGUAAAGCAGCCUCAGCCUAUGAGGCUAUGACUGCCACCUACAGCAGUUUUUGCAUAAGCAAAAAUCUAUAUCCUCUCACCCAGUUCUGUAUCCUUAAAAAAAAAAAUCAAACUCUUUUUUUAAUACUAUCCCACUUUCCCAGUACUCACCAAUUCUUUCAGACUAUAUUCUUUCACCUUGGGUGCAUCUCAGUUCUUCAUAAAGAAUUUUUCUUUCUAUGUAACUGCCCCUGUAUUGCCACAGCAGAUGCUUAACUGUUUCUUGGACUUUGCAGGUUUCCAUAACCAAUUUUUGUGCUUGUUUAGUAAAUAUAAAUUACCAUUCAGGUCACAGUGACCUGUUAGCCCUCUAAAUGUAUAGCUACUUCACU